AUGGAGGCACACAACAAGACAGAGGUAUCUGUCAGGGUAAAUGAUACUGAAACUGGUCACAAGGAUGUGGGAAGUGAGUGUGAAGACCAGCCUACUGUGUGUAACGUUAGCGGGCUACCUGAGGUAGAAAGUAGCCUGCAGCUGCACAUGGCAUGUUACAAGGGUGUAAAGCCUUUUAAGUGUAGUGAGUGUGGUGAAGCAUUUUCACUGUCUGGUGACUUUCAGGAACACAUGAGGUGUCAUCAUGAGGCCAAACCCAAUGAUGAUAGCCAGUGCGAGGAAGCGUUUCCGCCAUCACUAGUAUCACAUGGCAUUGAGACCGAUGUAGGUUCUCAUGUUGCUGUCAAGCCAUAUGAGUGUGGAGAGUGUAACAAAGCAUUUAGUGAGAGAAGUGAGCUGCAGAUACACAUGAGUUGUCAUGGUGAUAUCAAGCUGUAUGAGGGUAGAGAGAGUCAGGAAGUAUUUCCAGUCCAAAGUAACCUGAAGGAUUACGUGGUUUGUCAUGGAGAUUCCAAGCCAUAUGAGUGUGGUUUGUGUUGUAAAAAAUUUGCUAAAUCAGCCUACCUUAGAAAACAUAUGAAGUGUCACACUCACAGUGAAGUCAGACCAUACGAGUGUGGUAUGUGCAACAAAACAUUCGCACAGUCUUGUCACCUGGAGAGGCACAUGUUGUUCCACACUGGCAUCAAGCCACACACAUGCGCUGAAUGUGGUAAAGGCUUUAAAAUAUCAAGUCACCUGAAUGCACAUUUGAGGUGUCACAGCAGAAUCAAACCCUUUGGGUGUUCUGAGUGCGGGAAAUCAUUUUCACGAUCGAGCUACCUCGUAGUACACUUUAGGACUCACAGUGGUGUCAAGCCUUAUGAGUGUGAUGAAUGUGGGAAAACAUUUGCACAAUCAAGUCAUCUGCAGGACCAUAAGAAAUAUCACAGUGGUGCCAAGCCAUUCAAAUGUGAAGAGUGUGAGAAAGCAUUUGCAAGAUCUACACACCUGCUGAGACACAUGAGGAGUCAUACUGGAGUGAAACCUUACGAAUGUACAGUUUGUGACAAGGCAUUCACGACAUCCGGUCACCUUCAUUCACACAUGAGCUGUCACACCAAAGCCAAGCCACAUCAGUGUACUGGUUGUUUCAAAAACUUUAAACGUCUUGGUGACAUGCAGAGACAUAUGCGAGGUUAUUGUAAGGUCCUUGGCAAGACUCAAGUCUGA